AUGGCCUCGCCCUCGUUGGCCAUGGGCGAGAAGCUGUCUGUUACCACUGCAAUUAUUGGCCUGUUGGCCGUAGGGGGCAAGACCAUCGAUGCUCUGUGGGAUCUCAACACGCCAGCCAACAAGGCCAACUCAAUCUUCGCCACCGCUUUGCAAGAGAUCAAGCAGUGCCGGUCGACUGUCCACGUCUUGUACAAGACAUUCUCCUUGGUUGAAUCAGCACAGCUGCCGUUUCCCGAACGUGGGACAUGGAUCGAAGCCGACUACCUCAUCGCAACAAUGACCGAUACGGUGCUGGCCGUAUCUGACCUGCAAGCCAUCUGCGCGACCUUGAACCUGGAAAGGCAGGGACUCGCAACUCCCCCAGCCGAGGAUGUCGCUGUGGGCCAUGACUACUCCUCGUCUUAUGAACAGAGCAUCCAGGCCCUAUGCUCGCGCAUUCGAUGGCACAACCUCUCUAUGACGAUGAUGAUGACCAUCUUAAAAUGUCCAGGCGAAUCCGACGCCCAGAAUAGCAGAGUGGGUCUGGAGCGGCGAAUGACGAGACUCCUCGCAGCAAACACCAACUUGUCUGGUAGGAUGCGUCAACUGGAGGACGUGUUUGAUGGUCAAGUCGUUGACCGAGAGUUGCUUCCGCACUACAGCCCUCCGGCUCGGCAGCAGGCCUUUUGGGUCCCCCAACGACUUGCAUCGUCGGCCGCGUCAAUGAUCACAAACAGCGCUGGUGGGGAUCAGAGAUCUGACAACCAAGACACCCUGCGAGUGCUGUCACCUUUCUCCGGCUAUACUCUUGCGGACAUUCCUGUGCUCUCCAUCAUUCCUCUACCCGUUACCACUGCCGAGCUGGUUGACGGCAAUGAGUUUUACACAUUCGCAUACGCCCGACGCGUAAGUCGCGAUUUGAGCGAAUUGAUGCAAUACCAAGCUGGGCAAGGUACCAGUCAGAGUUUGGGGGUGAUCCUGGGCCGGACUAAUAAUACUAGCAUUGAUAAUGGAGGAAGCACAAGCAGCACAGGAAGCAGCAACGAGAGUGGCCCAGUAGUGGGCGAAGUGCAGCCAGAUACCCAGCGCAAGAAAUGGCGAUUCCGCAGUUUUAGAGUCAAACAACGCUGGCGCUUUCCCUAA